UCUGAGCCUGCGUGUCAGAAAUCAAAAUGUCGGCGCUCAAGAGAAAACGUGGAGGAAAGGGUCCAGGUGGAAAAGCAAAGAAAGUGAAAUUAGUAGAAAAUGGAAAUAAACCCCAAACUACAGAGAUGGAGCAGAACAAAGAAAUCACCGUCCCAGCACCCGUGUCAAUGGGUAAGUGGAGAAACAAAGAGCGAGUUCUUGUAUUCUCUUCAAGGGGCAUCAACUUCAGAACACGACAUUUGAUGCAGGACCUCAGGACAAUGAUGCCACACACGAAAGCAGACACAAAAAUGGACAGAAAGGACAAACUCUUCGUCAUAAACGAGGUGUGUGAAAUCAAGAACUGCAACAAAUGCUUAUUCUUUGAAGCAAAGAAGAAGCAGGAUCUCUAUAUGUGGGUUGCAAAUGUUCCGCACGGACCAUCUGCAAAGUUCUUGGUUCAGAAUGUCCACACACUCGCCGAACUCAAAAUGACAGGGAACUGUCUGAAGGGAUCCAGACCACUGCUGUCGUUUGAUCCUCAAUUUGACACGGAGCCUCAUUAUGCACUGCUGAAGGAGCUCUUUAUCCAGACUUUUUCAACUCCCCAGUACCACCCCAGGAGCCAGCCCUUUGUGGACCAUGUCUUCACGUUCACCAUAACAGACAACAGGAUAUGGUUCAGAAACUAUCAGAUCAUUGAGGAAGAUGCAUCGAUGGUAGAAAUUGGACCUCGCUUCGUCCUGAACCUCAUCAAAAUAUUCCAGGGGAGCUUCGGUGGCCCCACACUCUUCGAGAACCCACACUUCGAGUCUCCGAACACGCACCGGCGUGUGAUCCGCAUGGCCACGGCCUCCAGGCUGAGGGAGAAACAGAUGGUCAAGGAGCUCCAGAAGCUGAAGAGGACGGAGAACAAGGAGGCGGUGACCAGGGAUGUGACAGAUGACGUGUUUGCCACGCCGGCUGAGGAGAGGCCAGUCCACAUUGAGCUGGAGGCUCCUGCAGCUAAAGUAGUGAAGAAGAACAAACACAAGGCUUUCAAACGACAGAGGAAGCAGAAGCAUUAGGCUGGAGACUGGUUGGUUUGUUGGGUCUUCUAGAAGUAAUCUGGAAAGUGAUUACAUUGUUUCUUUGUCAAUUUGUCUUUCCUCAAUUCCAUGUCUUUUUUAAUUUUCAAAACUCAAAUGAGAAGUUUGAAGGGAGUGACCUAGAAUCUUCUCCAGAGCGUUUAGAAGGAAUCAGGGGGAAAAAAACAAAUUAGGACAUUUGUUUGGCCAUAAACUGUGAGGAUUGAGUCGACCAUCAAGUCCGCAGCCUGUGAAGGCCCAUCUCAGAAUACGUUGUUUAUGUGUUGAACAUUUUUUUUUGUUUCAGCUGCAACAACAAAGUACUAAAGCAACAUUGUAACUUCUGUUGUCACGCUUUUCUUACAGUUCUGAAAUAAAGUCUUGGUUUUAGUGUU